UUUUUUUAAUUUUCUCUCUCUCCCUCUUCGUUUCGUUGAUGGGACCAGAGGAGAAGAAGAAGCCACAAUGGGAUUUGGGGAAAAGAGGCAUUGAGCUCUGCACGAUUGCUCUCAUUUCCUCUUAAACCCUAGUCACCAAUUAUUCUCUCCGACCAAAAAGAUCAGUUGAAUCUGUCGUCUUUCUUUAUUAUCUUUCCUUUUUGUAUAUAAUUUUUCUUGAAAAAAGUUUUGAUUUUUUCUCUUCUUUUCUGUUUCUGGGCGAUUGAUUAUAUAUUAUAAGCACCACACCGACCAAAGCAUUAUAAUAAUUUGUUUUAACAUUCUUUCAGGGUUUUCAAUCAAUACAUACAAUUACUAUUUAAUUAAUUGAUUUAACAAAACAAAACAAAUACUUUGGUUGUGGUCGUCAUUUUCAUCAAUCGACCUAUUCUUCAAUUCAAACAAAGUCCUAUAUAAGACAUUUUCCUCAAAAUGGCAUUGAGAGAUUUAUGCGGCGUUGGUCCCCUCUUGUUCCGCCGGAAAACAUCCAAGGAAGAUAAAAAUCAAACGAGAAAGAAAUCGACACUGAGACGUGUCCCUUCAUCAAAACGAUUCGCCUUAUCUUCCCCUUCACCUUCACCCAACCCAAUAAUCUCGUCACCUUACCCCAGCUAUAUCAAAUCUGCACAAUCUUCCAAACACAACGUAAAGAAACACAAGAGAAGCUCAAGUAAGGUUGAUAAUUUGGUUACAAUGACGAAAAUCAGGGAAAAGACUUUGAAUUUCAGAGACAUCAUUGAUAUGCCUCCUUGUGUCGCUUCUACAUCUGUAACCGAGUUGGUUAUGGAUACUAUUAAAGACCUUCACGAGUUGUAUCCUAACGUGGUUUCUGCCAUUUCAAUCUCAGAACUUCAUGGAACAUUAACUAUGUACAAGGCUCUAGUUUUGUUCUGUGGUGCAAUGAAAGCUCUAGAAGAUAUGUGGAUGAAUAAAUGUGGGUGGGUAAAAAAAGGAACAGGUACACCAUUCAGCAAAAUGACAUUGUCCGAGUUGGAGAAAGAAGUGCUGGUGAUUCUUGAGGAAAUGAUUAAGUUGGGGAAGAAGAAGAUGUUGGAUAUGAUGGAUGAAGAAGAUGAUCAAAUGAGAGAUGACAUUUCUUUGCCAAGAACAAGUCCAGGCUCUAAUACUGCUUUCAGUAGAGUUUUAUCAGAGUCUGAAUCUUUCUCUGAUAAAAUGUCCUUCUGUGGUUCUCCGGCAACUCCAACUUCGGUACUACCGGAGAGAAAAAAGAACAGUCAAAACAAUUCUUCCAAAUCACCAAAUUAUUCGCCACCUUUGCUUUUGCCAUUGAGAGUUCAAGCUGUUGGCAAGUUGAACCCAAUUGAUCUUAAACGACUUUCUUUCCAUAUGUUCCCAUAUGUAUCCCCCAAUCAUGUUCAAAAGCAGCAGCAGCCGGAUAAUCUUAACCAACAACAAGAAGAAGAAAAUAAACACAUAUUAUUAAAUGAUCAUUUGGAUUUGGAACCAGAACCAGAAGCAGAGGACUCUGUUUUAACUUCCCCUGUUUCACCGCUGACACCACCCCCACCGGAGGAGGAGGAGGAGGAGUUGGUGGAGGUGCAGGUAGUAACGUUGUCAUCCCCAAAUUUCUUGUCAACACCGCCACCUCCACCACCACCACCGCCGCCAUUGUAUCUACCAUCUAACAUCAUAAAGCCUCCUCCGCCUUCACCGCCUCCGCCACCACCACCACCAUCUAUGCCGUCAUCCCCAUCUCCUCCUCCUUCUCGAUCAUCAUCUCUACCAUCCUCACCAGCUUCCCUUCAACCACCACCACCUCCUCCUCCUCCUCGAUCAUCAUCUCUUCCUGCAUUAACCACACAACCGCCGCCGCCACCACCAAUUAAUGGAGGUGGUCCACCACCACCGCCGCCACUAACUAUAGGAGGUGCUCCACCGCCACCAACUAAAGGAGGUGCUCCGCCACCUCCUCCUGCUUUAGUUGGAGGAAGGUCAUCAUUGAAGGCCAAAGCUACAAAAUUAAAGAGAUCAUCUCAAAUGGGAAAUCUAUAUAGACUUCUCAAGGUGAAGGUUGAAGGUUCUAGUCUGGAUCGUAAACAAUCACACGGAAGAAAGGGUAAAGCCGCAGCUUCCAAUGGAUCAGGAAAACAGGGGAUGGCAGAUGCAUUAGCAGAGAUGACAAAAAGGUCAGCGUACUUUCAACAAAUUGAAGGAGAUGUUAAGACCCAUGCAUUAGCAAUUGAACAAGUUAAAAUUGCAAUCAACAAUUUUCAAGUGUCUAAUAUGGAUGAGCUUCUCAAAUUCCACAUAUUCGUCGAAAGUCAUCUCGAAAAGCUAACCGACGAAUCUCAGGUUCUUGCAAGAUUUGAAGGGUUUCCGGGAAGGAAGUUGGAGGCCUUGAGAAUGGCGGCAUCACUCUAUUCUAAGUUGGAUGUCAUAGCCACUACUCUCAAAAACUGGAAACUUGAAGGAACCUUAUCUCAACUUCUUGAUAAGGCAGAGAAUUACUUCAACAAGAUUAAAGGAGAACUGGAUGCACUUGAAAGGACUAAAGAUGACGAAGCUAAGAAAUUCAAGAGUCAUGGCAUCUUAUUCGAUUUUAUCAUCCUCCAACAAAUUAAAGAACUUCUGGUUGAUCUUUCAUCAAACUGCUUGGAGAUAGCACUUAAGGAAAAGAAAGAAUCGCUGGAGAACCAAAAAGUGGUACCGACGAAAGUUCUAUGGAGAACAUUCCAAUUUGCGUUUAGAAUUUACACAUUCGCUGGGGGACAAGACGAACGAGCUGACAGGCUGACAAGAGAAUUGGCUCGUGAAAUCGAGUGUGAUCCUAUUUAACUACAUAAAAGAUUCACACUUGGGCAUCAUCACAUCACUAGUAAAGUAAUAAAUUAUAUAUAUAAUAUAUAUGAAAACAAAAACAAAAAUCAUUGUUGAUAUAACUAUGUAAUAAUGAUAUGAGAAUCAAUUAAUGGAGCAUGUCAUGGCAAUAGCCAUUGAAUGUCUUCCUCAUUUCAUUGAUUCAUUUUGAUAUAAUAGACCAUAUAUAUAGUGUUGCCAUAACUAAACAAGAAGAGAGAUGAAGAAAAAAGAGAAAGAGGGAGAGAGGAAAGAGAUUGAGGUUGAAGAAAGUACAUGUACAUUAUUAUUUUUAAACUCUAGCUUCCAAGUGGCUUGUUUCUUUAUAAUUU